AGGAGACCAGUGCAUCGCUCAAAGAACAUUUGAUUUGAAGACUUGCUUGUCGAAUCAUGAUUUUCUGUCUUGUUUUAGCCCUGCUUGGGCCAUCGUUUAUUGAAGCUUGUGGUCAGAAGUCUUACGGUGCUCGAGUCGUAAACGGUGAUAAUGCUGCACCACAUGCCUGGCCUUGGCAGAUCUCGCUUCGUGUGAAUGGCCGCCAUAUUUGCGGUGGAUCGUUGAUCAAACCUGACUGGGUUGUCACCGCUGCUCACUGCGUUCAGAAUAAUCCACGAGCAAGCGGGUACACCGUUGUUGUUGGUGCCCACAGAAGAACAGGAACCACAUUCGUGCAACAAACUUAUAGACUUCGACAACUCUUCAUGCACGAGUAUUACAGCCAAUUGACGAAUGACAUCGCUCUACUUCAGCUCGACAGACCCGUUCAAACUAGUUCCAAAGUGAACACAGUCUGCUUGCCAUCAGCUGGUAGUCGAGUCCGCGCAGGCUCGCGAUGCUAUAUCACAGGAUGGGGGCGCACGGUUGGCGGUGGAUAUGCAGCAGACACGCUUCAACAAGCCAUUUUGCCAGUUGUUUCACACUACCAGUGUAAUCGCGUGAAUAGCCGAAUUGGUCGCGUCGUUGAGCUCUCUAUGAUCUGCGCAGGUGGUCAAGGCAAGGGUGGUUGCCAAGGGGACAGCGGUGGACCGUUCGUGUGCAAUGAGGGUGGCCGAUGGGUACUCAGGGGUGCCGUAAGCUGGGGUCAUAAGGAUUGCCGUACAGAUCACUAUACUGUGUUUGCACGUGUCAGUAGCUUCGUUAACUGGAUCAAUCAAAAGAUGCAAGGUGGAAAUGGCGGCGGAGGUGGCUUCUGUCAAGAUCGCGACCGCCGUUGCGUCGGAUGGGGUAACCUUUGCCGAAGCAACAACUACGUGAAACAAAAUUGUCGAAGGACAUGUCGAUAUUGUUAGUGCUGGAUGUCCGUCGUUGAAAUGCGAGUGAAUUCUCAUGUUGUCAUUAAGGAAUAAUUCUGCAUAAAUAAAGUCAAUUGAAAGUAA